GCAAUAAUCAUAAAUAUGGGCAGGGAAAAACCCGUAACUGCAGGGCAGUGCGAAAUUGCGGUUUGAUUUUUUCUCCUCAAACACUCCACGGCCACGCCAUCGUCGCCCGCCGCCUAUAUCCUCUGAUUCCUCCCGGCUCUCUCUCCCUCUCCACCAACCGCCGCUCGUCGCCUCUAAAUAACCGGCGGAUCCGAGAACCGCGGCGGAUUCUCGGCGACGACCGACUGCCCUACCACGUUGAGGGUCGGGCACUCGGGCGGAUGCGGGAGGGCGACCAGGGCCGCGACGAGGCGCGGCAUGAGCCCGAGCCGGGGUGCGGGGGCGAGGCGGCGGGGCAGGCGGCGGCGGACUGCGCCGCGGUGUGCUGCUGCUGCCCCAUGGCGCUGCUCGAGGUGCUCCUGCUCGUCGCCGUCCGCCUCCCCGCCGACCUCCUCCGCCGCGCGCGCCAGCGGCGGCGGAGACAGCGCCGCCUGCGGCGGAGCGGCAGGGGCGGCGACGCGUCGCUGUCCGGGAGCGCCAAGGCGAUGAUCGCGGCGGUCGACGCGCUCGAGGCGGACGAGGCGGCGGCCGGCGCCAGGCGCGCGCAGGCGGAGGUGGAGGCCGCGUCGGAGCUCGAGCGGGAGAUCAUGGCCUCGAGCCUCUACGGCGCGGGCUUCUGGCGCAGCGCCUCCUCACGGUCCAGCUCCUGCGCGUCCUCCGCGCGCCGGCCGUGAACGGCGGCGGCCACGUCAACCUCGUCUUCCCCGUCGAGUGUGCUUGCUUGUCCGUGUGCGCUCUGGGUGUCUGUUAGGUUAGCAUCCUGGUACAGCAAGCGAUCGUGCGUGCACACGUGCUGUAUGAUUGUUGUAGGAUCCAUUGGUGAUGGACCAGAUCACCAGAUGUAGUGGAAAGGGCAACUGUGGUCCUCAGCUCCUGUUGAUCGCCUA